AUGGCCAGCACGACGAACCUUGAUGAUUAUACCCAGCGCUUGAAGUUCCUCAAGGAGUUAUGGCCAGCCGAUAGCAUUCAGCAUUUGGGUCCACGGGCGGCUCUUCAAGUGGAGGGCUCAGCUUUCCAGAAGAUCAGCAGGAUUGCUCCGGAGAAGCUUCGCAGUGAAGAAGGAGUCAAGCUCAUCGUGGAGGCCCUUGGGGGAGCAUGGGGCAAAACUGCGGUUGAGGAGAAGUUUCACUUCUUCGAGCAGGCGAUCUUUCAGGUGUCCCAGAAAAAUGACGAAACCAACGAUUCCUAUCUAGCACGCCAUGAUGCUUUCUUUGAAGAACUACUUGCGCGCAAAGUCACCAUAGAGGAAGUGCGCGCCUACGUUUUGCUACGUCACAGCCAACUCGCCCCAGAAGAUAAGAAGAGGGUGGUCAUCGAGUCCGAGGGCAACCUCAAGUACAAAGAGACAGUCAAAGCGAUCAGAUUGUUGGGCUCCAAAAUUUUUGGAGAUCUUCAGAACAAGAGUGCCACAGGAAGCCGAGGCUUGGAACGGAACAAGGUCUACGACGUGCACUACACGGAGGAAAGUGGAGCCGAGGAUGUCUAUUACAGCGCUGUGUCCGAGGAGGAACCGAACGACGAGGACCUCCUUUGCUACUUCCUGGACAUCAACGAUGAGGACGCUAUCUACAUCACCGAGUUUGAGGACAGCAUCGUGGAUGCCAUCCAGGACAGCGAGCUGGCGCCAGUGUAUGUGACAUACCAGGAGGCUCGACAAAGGCUUCGUGAGAAAGCAAAAGCACGUGGAUAUUGGCCCGCCAAGGGCCGCGGAAAGACGAAAGGAUCCGGAAAGAAAGGCAAAGGAACUUCAUCGUCUUCAGUUCCGGGGUGGGGCACAGGUCGCAACCGGUCUCUCGCGGACCGCAUUGCGAAUUCCACCUGUCGCAUUUGCCACCAGAAGGGCCACUGGAAGCGGGAGUGUCCCCGCAGAGUGGGCCAGGAGGGCAAUGAAUCCAAGGUGGAGGUGACCCACUUUACCCAAGAGACCUCGGACCUCUACGCCCAGAACCUCCCAGAGAUUCUCCACACCGUGCCACCGGAGUCCGAGCCCUACUUUGGAGAAGAG